UGCUCCACUCGUAGAUUCUGAGCCUCCCAAUCACAGUAAAAUUAUUUUGUGAGUUUGAUUGGUAUUACGAAAUACCUGUAAUGAUGAACGAGGGAAGUGAGUUGUCUGUCACCAUCGCUCAGAUUGUCCAGCGUCUGAAAGGAACUCAUUUGCACUCACAGUUGGAGAAACAAGCGAAAGAAUGUUUACAUAGACCGGAGAUAAGACUAGAAUCCAUAAAAGAAGACGUUCGGAAAUUCCUGAGGGCUACAGGAUGGGAGAGAAAGUUGCAGAACGCAGUCUACAGAGAAUUGCACAUUUUGCCUCCAUCUGGGCACCCAGAAGCUCCCCUUGAGCACACUAAAGAGCCGCUGGCAUACAUGCGUAAGGCCCAGGCAAGCUGGGAGAAGAGGAUCCUGAAGAGUCUGAACAGUAUGUGUACUGAGCUGGGGGUUCCACUGGCUCGGAAGCGGCCUGUCCUAGAGCAGAAAGAGCUGACAAGCAAAUGGAAUGAGAUGGGUGCAGAUGAACCAGAUCUGAGCAAGUUCAGGCCUGUUUAUGCACCCAAAGAUUUCCUAGAGGUGCUUAUCAAUCUGAAGAACCCCAAUCACGACCACAGCGACGGGCUCACUGCCAGGAGCCACUGGGGCCUUAUUCCGAUCUCUCUCAGUGUCCGGGAUGUCCCCCAGCUGAGAGAGGCUUAUCCAGAACUGAGUCUGUCCUGCAGCCAGCUUGGCAUCGAUGAUCACGCACACGUUCCCCCAGAUUUGUUUGAAAGUGAACACAUUCGUAUUGGAAAGAAAGUGGUGGAUGAGCAGGACAGUGCGGCUGCUCAGCAGUACAGCAGGCAAGGCAGUCCUACAGGCCUCAGAGCACAGCUAUGGGCUCUAAUCCUCAAUAUCACUAACGACCCUGAGGACGUUGCGCAUUAUGAGCAGCUCAAGGCUGCUGUUAUACACCAUGACCUGCUGGUGGAUAACCUAAUAUAUAAGGAUGUGAAACUGACUGCAAGUAAUGAUGACUACUAUUUUGUAUUUGAAGACGUUUUGUAUCAGGUCUUACUGUGCUUCUCUCGAGACACUGCAGUUUUAGAGCAUUUCAGCUACAACAGCGCCACCCCUCCCAAAUCCUACAUUCAGGGCAAGACUGGUGAAGAGGAGUUUGCUGUCGUGUAUCCUCCAAAUGUGCCUCUGUUACCGUGUCAGAUGGGUAUUGUUUGUCGCUUAGGUGUGAUCCCUUUCCAUGGCUUCUCAAUGUAUGUGGCUCCUCUGUGCUUUCUGUACAACGAGCCAUGUAAGCUGUACAGUGUAUUCAGGGAGAUGUAUGUACGUUACUUCUUCAGGCUACACUCCAUCUCCUCCAGCCCCUCAGGUAUAGUUUCUCUUUGUCUGCAGUUUGAGAGGUUACUUCAAAUCCAUCUGCCACAGCUCUUCUUUCAUCUACAGGAGAUCAUGGCCCAGCCAUUGCGUAUUGCCUUUAAGUGGAUGGUUCGGGCUUUCUCAGGGUACCUGUCUACUGACCAGCUGUUGUUGCUAUGGGACCGUAUCCUUGGCUACGACUCUUUAGAGUUAGUGGCAGUCCUGGCGGCUGCAGUCUUCGCCUUUCGAGCUGAAAACCUAAUGGAGGUGACAUCACUGGCCUCAGCUGAGGCUGUUCUUGCUGACCUCUCAACCCUAAAGGUCAUGCCUCUCCUCCAGAUAUUCCUCUUUGCGAAUGUCAUCUGAGGAGAAGUCUGCCUGCUUUGCCUAUACCAGCUGAGGUCAUUUGCAGUGAAUGAUGUCUUGAAUAUAACGAGAUAAGUUAAAAAUAGAGGCAAUCUACACACCACAUGCCACAAAAAUACGAGACUAACUUUACAUUUUUAGUCCCAUUUCAUGUUCAAGGACCUAUAUAUGUAUGUAUAUUAACACUGAUUCCUAUAGACUUCCACGGGACAUAAUUCCAAGAUAUAAUGUUUGCCCCAGAUGUAACCAAAUAUUUGAAGAACAAAAUCCUAAAAACCUUUUAAACUACUCUGAAUACUGAUUAAAAUGCUUUUUGAGGUUUAAUGUUGAAAUAUUCCUUGAAUAGAUUCCAUCCUUCAAAUGUAUGAAUUAUGUCAAAUUAGACACAUAGUAUGUAAUAAUUAGUGUUACAUACUAACUACAUAAACCCAAGUAAAUUUAUACUAGUGAUGCUGCUGCUUUUGGCUAUUCAUUACUGAGAGAUUUAACAUAUUAAAAUCUAAAAAUGUAUCUUAUCCAUUCAGUUGGAAUUUAAAAAAGGAAACGUGAACAUAAUAUAAAGAGUACAAUAUGGUAAAGAAACAAAGGAUGUUAAAGCAUUUGUGAGUGAAAUACAUGUAGUUUAAAAUCCCUUGUCUACAAUAAUCAAACAUUAUAGCAUACUACCCCAUGUCAGUGUGACAUGCAUCUGUUGUAUUGCAGAUUAAAGAAGGAAAAUGGCACAUAAAUGUGAAUUUGAAAGACAGUUACAUUGUUAUUAUGUGAAUUAUAAAGCAUGUGCCCGUUAAGGAUGUUAUUACACAUCCCCAUGGAAGUGUAUGAAGCAGAUGUUGUUUGCUAUGCCAGUUUACCUAAAUAGAGCUCUCUCCCCCUCACCCAUAAUACAUCUUCCCAUUAAACAACACAAAGCAGAAAUGACCUUAUUGUGUCACUGUAACUUUUUUAAAUCAUGUUUUAAUGCUGUAUCAAUAUAUAUAUACAUUGACAUGACAAUCAUUUCUGAAGUUUCUUUAGCACUGCCUUGUUAUAAACUUCAUUUACAAUAUUCUGCAAACUUGAACAGGUAAAUAAUGUUUCUUUGACUUAUAGAAAGAUAGUAAGUUAUAAUCAUGAGGGGUUAU